CAAAGUUGCCAAACAGAAUCCUAACUGAGGGGUUUAUGGCUGACACUGAAGGUGGAAUUGAAAUCUUGAAAUAGUUACAUAAAAAGCAGAGAUUUUAAUGGGGGAACCCGGUAAUGGCUACGACAGCAGCAGUGGGGAGGAAGAUGGAGAUGCCAGGUGGAGGGCUGCCAUCGAAUCCGUCGCCGGAACUACCAGCUACAUCUCUUCUUUCAUGAAUGGCUCUUCCUCUGCCUCCAAGGAAAAGUCGCGAGCCAAACCCAGUGAUGACGACGACGAUGGACAGCGGAAACCCAAAACCCAGCAGAUGAAGCACUACCAAGUCAAGGCACAAAGGCUUUUGGAUGACAUCAUAGAAAACACAUUAGAGAUUGUAAAAGAGCCUAUGCCCAUCCUGGAUGAGGAUCCCAAGAUCCAAGAAGGUGGCGUUCGCCUAUUCAAACAUGCUCAGCCAGGAAUAGUGUUUGAUCAUGUAGAUGAGCCCGAGCCACCAAGAAAAAGACCUAGAAUACUUCCUGGAGAGGAUAUUGAUGAGAAAUCAAAGAAGUUUAAACGGCAGGUUCGCUCUGUUGCUGUCAAUGGGAGAGAUAUUAUGGCUUCAGCAGAAGAUGCAUAUCAGAAGGCUUUGGCUAGACUAGAAGCUAGAGAUGCGGCAGCAAAAGCUGCCGCCCAGAGAGAAAAGGAAAGAGUUGAAAAUUUGAAAAAGGUUAGGGGAGAGAGAUGGUUACCUUCCAUGGCCCGGGACAUGCAGCUUGGGUAUAAACACUGA